UGCAUCCUAACGUGAGCCAGGGUUGCCAAGGAGGGUGCGCUACAUGUUCUGACUACAAUGGAUGCCUGUCAUGUAAGCCCAGGCUCUUUUUUGUUCUGGAGAGGAUCGGCAUGAAACAGAUCGGAGUAUGUCUUUCCUCAUGUCCAAGCGGAUACUAUGGGACACGGUAUCCCGACAUUAAUAAGUGUGCAAAAUGUAAAGCUGACUGUGAUACCUGCUUCACAAGAAACUUCUGCACAAAGUGUAAAAGUGGGUUUUACUUAUACAGUGGGAAGUGCCUUGAAAAGUGCCCCGAUGGGCUGGAAGCCAACAAUCACACAAUGGAGUGCACUAGCAUCGUGCACUGUGAAGCUAGUGAGUGGAGUCCGUGGAGCCCUUGCACAAAGAAAGGAAAAACAUGUGGUUUCAAAAGAGGAAAUGAAGUAAGGGUCAGAGAGAUCGUACAGCACCCGUCAGCAAGGGGUAAUCCUUGCCCAGCUACAAGCGAGAGCAGAAAAUGUAUUGUACAAAGAAAGAGAUGUCAGAAGGAAGGAAAAG